AUGGCUGCCGAAAAAGGGGGGUCCAGCGAUGAGGAAAGAAAGCCUUUGACAAGGGGCAGUAUGGAAUAUCGUGACUCGAGUAACUCUCUCCAUUACUCUUCCUCCGCAGCCUCGUUAUCCCUUGCCGUCAUAGAUAGAAUCAAUGGCUCGACACACGACACUGGUCCUGACGAGAUAGGUCGAGGAGAUCGCGACUACAGUGACGAUGGGGAAUAUGACCUAGAAGAAGCAGAUUAUAUACCAUCUGGAGGCAAACCCGUUCAAAAGAAAGUCAAGAUAGUAUUAGGGUUUCUUUUGUUUCUUUGCCUGAGCGGAUGGUCACUUGCCUUCGUCCUAUUUUUGUUCGGCGGGCAUGAGUCGAGCAAGACGUCCAUCGUGUAUGAGGAUAAUAUAUCAGACACAGGCUCUCAGGGGAUUAAGAUUACAUUGGAUGAAGUGUUUGAUGGAACCUGGAGUCCUAAUUCUCGUGACAUAUCGUGGAUACCAGGUCCAAAUGGCGAGGACGGGUUGCUAUUAGAGAAAGGUGCAUCUAUUUCCAACGGCUAUCUACGAGUGGAAGAUAUUGUUAGCCGUAAGGACCCAAAGUCGUCAAAGAAGCCAAUUGUUUUAAUGCAGAAGGCAUACUUUAAUGUUUCAGGAGAAGCCGUCUUCCCCUCCCGGGUUUGGCCAAGUCCCGAUUUAAAGACAGUUCUGGUGUUGUCAAAUGAGGAGAAAAACUGGCGACAUUCGUUUACGGGGAAAUACUGGUUGUUUGACGUCGAGAGUCAAACUGGGCAGCCACUCGAUCCUGCAGCGAAAGACCAAAGAGUCCAACUUGCGUCCUGGUCUCCCCGAUCCGAUGCCGUUGUGUUUACACGAGAUAACAACAUGUUUCUUAGGAAAUUGUCUUCAAAUGAGGUGAUAAAAAUUACCACUAAUGGUGGUGUUAAUUUAUUCUACGGAGUCCCAGACUGGGUUUACGAAGAGGAGGUAUUUUCAGGCAACAGUGUGACUUGGUGGGCAGAUGAUGGUGAAUAUAUCGCAUUCCUUCGUACCAACGAGUCCUCUGUGCCAGAAUAUCCUGUGCAAUAUUUCGUGUCACGACCUAAUGGGGAGAUUCCAAAACCCGGCGGAGAAAGCUAUCCUGAAACCCGGAAGAUCAAGUACCCGAAAGCUGGUGCCCCUAACCCCAUCGUGGACCUCCAAUUCUUUGAUGUUGGAAAGGACGAAGUUUUCUCAGUAGAUAUCAAAGGCGACUUUGCUGACAGCAAUCGUCUCAUAAUUGAGGUUGUGUGGGCUUCGAACGGCAAGGUCAUAGUGAGAAGUACUAAUCGCGAGAGUGAUGUUCUCCACGUCGCCGUAAUUGACGUAUUAUCGAGGACAGGAAAGAUUGUCCGAAAGGAAGACAUUAAUGCUUUGGACGGUGGGUGGGUUGAGCCGUCACAAACCACACGGUUUAUUCCUGCGGACCCGGAUAAUGGCCGACUCAAUGACGGUUAUAUUGACACGGUCAUUUAUGAAGGUCGUGAUCAACUAGCCUAUUAUACUCCAAUUGAUAAUCCGAAACCGAUUGUGCUCACAAAUGGUCACUCAGAGGUCGUUCAAGCGCCGUCUGGGGUUGACCUGAAGAGGGGCUUGGUUUAUUUCGUUGUUGCGGGAAAUGAGCCGUGGGAAAGGCAUAUUUACAGUGUGAACUUCGACGGUACUUCCCUUCAACCAGUGACAAACGUAUCAGAAAGCAGCUACUAUGAUGUUUCGUUUUCAAAUGGGGCUGGAUAUGCAUUUUUGAAAUAUGCAGGCCCACAGGUACCCUGGCAGAAAGUCAUCAGCACUCCUGCGAACGAAGUCACAUUUGAAGAAACUAUUGAGGAGAAUAACCAUCUAUCUGAAAGGCUUCGCCAAUAUACCCUUGAGUCAAAGAUAUACCAGUAUAUCGACAUUGAUGGGUUCUCGUUGCCUGUGCUGGAGCGGCGCCCUCCGAACUUCAACCAGACAAAGAAAUAUCCCGUUCUUUUCUAUUUGUACGGUGGGCCAGGGUCACAAACCGUUAAAAAGAAGUUCAAUGUCGAUUUCCAAAGCUAUGUUGCCGCAAAUUUAGGAUAUAUUGUCGUAACUGUAGAUGGCAGAGGCACUGGGUUCAUUGGGCGGAAAGCCCGUUGCAUCAUUCGGGGUAACCUUGGACAUUUUGAAUCUCUAGAUCAAAUACAAGCUGCCAAAAUAUGGGCGGCAAAACCAUACGUCGACGAAUCGCGGAUCUCAAUAUGGGGCUGGAGCUAUGGAGGUUUUAUGGCUCUGAAAACUAUUGAGCAAGACGGUGGACGAACUUUUAAGUAUGGGAUAGCAGUAGCACCAGUGACAGACUGGCGAUAUUAUGAUUCCAUCUAUACCGAACGCUAUAUGCACACGCCUCAACGUAACCCAGGAGGUUAUGAUAACGCAGCUAUUUCCAACACCACAGCUUUGGCAAAUAAUAUUCGCUUCCUGGUUAUGCAUGGAACCGCUGAUGACAAUGUCCACAUUCAAAACUCACUCACCUUUAUCGAUAAGCUUGAUGUGAACAACGUUCAUAACUACGAUGUCCACUUCUUUCCAGACUCUGAUCACAGCAUUUAUUUUCAUAAUGCACACAAAAUUGUUUACAGCCGUCUUGCUGACUGGCUGGUCAAUGCCUUCAACGGCGAGUGGCUGAAAACUUACGAUCCGACACCAAACGAUUCCAUAUUGCGACGUGCCGCCACCUGGGUUGGUAUGUCUAUAUAA